CCCCUGCUCACCUGGCUGACAACAUUCACAAGAAGAAGCACACGCGUCCAACCUUCACAGGGCACCAGAUCUUUGCUCUGGAGAAGACAUUUGAGCAGACCAAGUACCUGGCAGGUCCGGAAAGAGCACGGCUGGCCUAUUCUCUUGGCAUGACUGAGUCUCAAGUGAAGGUCUGGUUCCAGAACCGACGGACCAAAUGGAGGAAGAAAAGUGCCCUGGAGCCCUCCUCAUCCUCGCAGCGGGCGGCAGGCUCUGGAGGAGAGCGGGCGGCCUCUGAGACCGAGGAUGAUGAGUACAACAAGCCCCUGGACCCCGACUCAGAUGAUGAGAAGAUCCGGCUGCUGCUGAGGAAGCACCGUGCAGCCUUCUCGAUGCUGGGCCUGGGCACACACAGCGGCUGA